CCUCGUCGGCGUUCUCUCCGCCAGUAGGAAGCUUCUCCCCGUCAGGUCUGCACUCGCGAGGAACUUAGAAACUUUCGCCAUGAGAGGAACCGUCGCUGCCCUGGGCCUCCUGGUCGUGCUCACGGCUCGAGCCCCCGCCGUCACCGCCGCCCCCAGCUGCCCCGCCGACUUCAUCCCGCUGGACGGCCGCUGCGUGCACAUCUACACGGAAAACUACGCCGGCAGCGCCCCGCCCAUGCUCUGGCCCGAGGCGAGGGACCUCUGCGCCGCCAAGGCCACGGCCGGCUGGACCACCGAGCUGGCCAAGGUCGACGAGGGCUUCCUCAGAGAAUUCUCGGCGCACAUCGUCAGCGAGAUUCCAGGCAUGACUGGCUACAUCUUCUGGACGGGCGGGAGCAAGGUGAACGGCGUGUGGCAGUGGACUGACACCUCCCCCAUCGACCCCAUGGGCUAUUUCUGGUACAUGAGCUCUCCCAACCCCGAUUCAACUGGCACGUACGGAAUGCUCGUGCCCUCUGGAGCCAAUAACCGCUUCUACAUGAUUGAGUACAAUGAGAGUAACGUCGGCCCCUCCUUCAUUUGCGAGGCUAAGGCAGCAUGAGAUUCACUGGGGAGUCUGAGAGCUGUCUGAGGGCCUGCUGGGGCUUCAGGAAGGAUAAGCGGAAGAGGAAGGAACGAACCAUUUUGGUUCCGAUUUUGGUUAAGAUAACAAAACAAGAAAAUAAUGGACAUUCCAACAAGUUUCUACUGUGAAUUAUUUUUUUCUUGCAUUUCCUGAUUGUCUGUUCAUCCUUUUUUUUUUUUUUUUUUUUUUUUACUUUCUUUAAUGAUUUCAAAUCUGCUCACAGCAGUCACCAACUUCAAAUAAAAAAUCUAAAAACUCUAGAUACAAAGGUCUAUGUGAACACCCUUUUUACAAAUCAGCUGUACACACACACAAAAAGUAUUUCAACAAUACGUAAACAAGUAUGUUUUUCCUAAGCUUCUGCAGGCCAAAGACAUGUGAGUGUUGUUUACAUAAGGAAAACUGAGUGACUGAUAGCACAAAAUAAAAGAAAAACGUAUCUGAAAUCAAACUUUAUCCUCUAGAUUUCGAGGAUGGGCUGAAAUGUGCUUUCAGUAGUGAACACACACACACACACGCACACACCAAAGAGUCUGUCUUGUAAGGGAUGUAUAUGAUAAACAUAAAAUGUUCAUUUGCUACCAUCAAGAAUCCCUUUAAUUUCAUACUUCAGAGUUGCUGGACAUUUAUGAUAUGCCGGGAAGUGCUUAUGUCAUGUUUAACCCUAGGUACUGUGAUGAACCAUAAAGUGGAUGUUGUAGUCUAUCAGGAGAGCCAUUAAGUAUUAGGGUUUUAAUAAAGAUAUUACUGAUCAAA